CCUCGUGAGGACAAUUUCAUCAACCAAGUAUCUCGUCAUGUUUUGUGAAUUGUGGCGUGGAAUUAUUAUGGUCGAACGAACGAUUAACGGUGCCACUCUAGGCUCGUAAAUGUGCUCGUGCGUCUGUUCCGCUGUGUUCCAAUCCCUGUAGACCGCAGUGAAGUAGACCCGUGUACACCUGGACAGCCAUUCGACGCCUCCGUUCCUACUUUACCUCGAAAUCCUAGUAUAUAGCUAUAUGUACGUUGAUCGUCGAGUUUCACGAUCAUCGACUCGACUAUUCUUGUUUCGUGUUUACUACGAUAUAUUAACAAAGUACCGAUUGCCAGGAAUCUUAUCCUUCUGGUUCACUGUUUUUACACGCUUCGCUCUGUAUUUUUGAGUAGACGUAGAAGCAAAUCAUAGUAGUAAGAUUAAUGCCAGUAAGCUGGUCCUGGUGACUCAUCCUGUUCGUUAUUUGAAUGCGUAGCUGUUGGAAGGUUCAGCGUGGACCAUGUAUGACGGCACUGAACGUCUUAACGAUCGUUCUUCGUAGCCGAUAACCGAUAAUUGUUGCUUGCUGUUCGCUUUCCAUGUUGAGAAGGCCGGCGUGUAUGCGCACGGUGUCUUUCUUUGACAGACAAACGAAAGCAACCGAAGGUGGCUCUUCGUUACGAUCGCGAUCGUACAGUCGUGUACCUUUUUACUCACAGCGAAGCGUCGAGCUCGAACAACCUCGAAUUAAGACGCGGCCCCUUCUUAACUCUCGACUUGCACGAAAAAACACGGUUCGUUUUGCCUCGCGACUUUCUCCAACCUAACGUUGUAACGCGACGUACCGAACUGUUACCCAUCGACCGCAGACCAGUUCGUAAAACACCGCGCCAAGUUCUAGGAAGAAGAAGGUCCUUCGUUCGCGAUGUUCGUUACUUCUGCCCCAGUUGAACGGAAUUGUAAGAUCGAGCGUAAUCGCGCGUUUCAAUGCUUCUCUUUUGUAUGCGCAAAAGGUAACUAGCUCGCAAUGUCAAAGGUAUUUUGUCCGAUGGAGCACAAGGAAUACGCGUUUCGCGAAGAAAAGGACUCGAUUCUCCUCUUCGCGCGACGAAACAUUCGCUAGGGAGACUGUGACUUCGUUUUUAGAAAGUCAAAGGGAAGCGGACGAAUGCUGCUUCUUAAGGAGCUAAAUGUUUCGAUUAAAAAAUAGAAAUUGCUGCACGGAUAAUUGUUCGCCAUAUAUCCUUUAACCUAUUCGCAAUGACAGCAGUCGCGCGCAGUUUGUAAGACGGUACGAAGUAUGACAGCGUUUAAACGCGUAGUUGACUGAGCGCAACCCGAACUACGUGCAUUCUCGCAAAAACUGAAUAACGUUUAUCUGUUACGAUUAGCAUAUUCAGAGGCAAAGUAAAAAAUGUUGUCUCGCGAGCGGAAAGAAUUCUGCUUACGGAGGAUUCAACGUUUAAACUCGAAUAAUAAACUUUGAAUCUUCCACAACGACCUCGUCCCUAUCUGGCACAGUUUUCAGGAAACAUGAAACGGUAUCUUCGACCAAAGUUUGUCAAUUUCUUAUCCCCAGUAUCCUCGUUUCGAACAAAUCGGUCUUACACGAUCGACGAAAAUUAUUCAAACAGCUGCAACGGAUCGAACCUGUUAACAAAUAUUGUAGGAGCCAGGUUCGCACAACUACGAUCGACGUUGCAGGUCGAGUCGCAGGUAUCGAGCUCUCGAACGCCUCUGCCGUUUCCCGUUUCACCGACUGCGCCGUAAACAGAGAACGCUAUCGUGACAAGACAGUCUUCCUCGCGGCUGCGGCAGAUCAAUCGAAAGGCUCGAGUAUUAAAGUCAGCGUCGCAGGGUCGGCCAAACAGUCCUCCCCUGUGCAUGGAGGGCACGUCCGCGUUGCCUGUACCUCGACGUCACGGGUCACGACGUGUCGCGACGUAGUGUUCGUAUCAGGAAAUCCAACCACGGUCUCUCGAUUCGCUUGGAAAUCGUCGUCUCGCGAUACUGGAAAUUUCGCGCGAGUCGUGAACGAUUCGGUGCUGGUCGAAUGACGCGUGAGACGGAUCGCGCGAGUUUCCGACGAGUUUCGACAGGCAAACGAGGAUCGAAGGAUCGCCGUUGGAUCCAACAUGGGUAACGUGUCUUUAUUAGAACGUAAACGAGGAUCCGCGAUUCUCGCGUGACACGCGAUACCGUUAUUGCCGAGGUGUAAUUAUAAUUCUAGACCUUGAGGUUUGUUGGUGAGCUAAAUCGAGCGUGGUUAAAUCGUCUUCGCGGCACAGGUUGGCUCGACCAACUUUGUAAAUCGUUGCGUUCUUCUCGUGAUCUCAUUCCGCAUGAUCUUGGGCUUUUUUCGCUUAUGAUCGGACGAUACUUGGACGAGGGCGGGAAAUGCUAGGUUCAGGUGGACGUACGAUGGUAACUCGCCAACUGGACGGAGAAAGAGAUCGGGAAAUUAGUUAUCUUGGAGCACGCCAAGCAAGGCGGUAGGGCUUUCGAUUAAACGAGAUUCGUGGCGCGUAUGAACAGUCGAUGUAAUCGCGUUUCUUUCAGCGACCGAACUCGAGACGAAGUUGUCGCGUGGCUACCGUGUCGAAAGAAAAGUAGAAGAAAAGCUGUGCAUGACGCCAGUGGGUAAUUCCGAAGGACGAGUAAAGUAGCACGAAUAAAAGUUUACGCUCUGCCGACGAUUGGUUAGACACGAGAAAUCCUCGUUUUCGAAGUUCGCUGGGAGAACGACGAAAGCGACGGCAAAGCGAAUCUAUUCCUCUUAACAAACGAAAUGACUCGAACGUAUCAGGAUGCGUCGAGUUCCUUCAAAAUUCGGUCCUUUCCUAAUUAAUCGCGUUACCUCGCGGCAAGUUUUCGAAAUCGAAGGUUCAACGAACAAGUGUAAUCGUUCAGAUCGAUCGUUGUUCUCGCGACCGAAGCUCGACGUCGACGGUUCUUUGGCUUAUCGAAAGAAUAUCGACGAGAACGUGCGGGUCUGGACUCGUUUCAUUCUCUCGUGAAAAGUGAACGAAUAAAAAAAAAAAAAAAAAAAAAAGAAAGACGUCGGAAAGUAAAGACGGAAGAAACCGGAAUCGCGUACGGGGUACUGAGAGAAGAAACACGGUUAAACGUAGGGAAGCUGCCUAGGAACGCUUUCGUGAUCGUCGAACACCGUCACCACCACCACCGGGGCGCUGCUUUCCAUACGCUGUAAAGCUCCAAAAAACCAACUACUCCUUGGACUUGAAAACAUCUCGAAACGAUUACAUCGCUCGGCCACCACGUGCUACGGUGAACAGAAAACAGAUAAGAAUAAGAAAAUUAAAACCAAAGUAGAGAAAAGAGAAUAAAAGAAAGUAGCGGGAAACACGCGAGAACCAGACGUUCCUCCCUGUUCGUUACUUGUCUUUGUCACAUUGUACCUGUCUGUUUCACACAUUUGUCAGUCAUGAAUCUUAUGUUCCGCAAGAACUUCGGCGAGAAGGGAUUCGGUGGUGGUGGAGGAGGAGGAGGAGGAGGCCUGGAGGGUCGAACGACCCUCGGCUCCGUUUGCGGGCCGACGAAUUUGGGGUACACGGGGACUCGAUUCGGCGUGGUGCGCGGCGCCGGCCAAUCGGCCGUCGGCACGCGUGCACCGAUCCGACGCAGUAAAGAGUUCGGCUACUUUCCCUCGAUGGGCGAUCACGAGCACCAGGGCUUCGGCUACCGGACUCAUCUGUUUCUAACGCCACCGACAGGCGGUGCCCUCGGUUCACCCCCCGAGGAACCCACCGAGAGGUUAGGUCCACCGCCUAGGAAGAAUUCCGGUCCUCAUCUGAUCAAAUGGGGUGGUGGGGGAGGAGGCGGGGGCGGUGGAUCGGGACAGGGAUCCGGAGCCGGGGCACAAGCUAGAAGGAAACAGACUCAGACCGCGCAGCAAAAGGAUUCCUCGGAACCCUCGACGCCAACCGCUUCUAGACAGGUUUCCUUUAGCGGUAACCGAGCUUCCGGCGCGUACACGCCCCUGGUGGUUUCCGGAAACAGUCCUCCGCGUGGCGAACCAAUCUCCCUGGCCACCUUGGACCGCGACUGUUUCAUCAUUCCCCUCGCUUCUCUUGAACGUUUUUUACCAGCGGGAGUACCGAUUUAUUCUGACUCGUUUCAGCACGCACCAAUCGCAGACAAAAAAAAGCCAGGAAGCCCUCUGUCGGUUCUCGAAGUCGAGGACCCGAAGCAAUGUGUUCUAGCUCAUUUCAUGACACCUCUGGAGCCACUGGAUCCUGUGGUCGAAUCUCCAGUUUCUCAGCCUUUGGUCCUGCAACGGGAUACCGCGGCCGAAUUGGUCGCUGAAAUUGCACCCUCAGCUUCCCAGAGUAUUCUGCUUACGAAUAUGGAAAAAAAUGCGGAUUUUCCGUUCAUCACGUACUACUUGAUAAAUAAGCAGAAUACGGAUCCAGUAGACUUCUACAACGAGGUCCAAUGCGCUGCAUUGAGAAAGUUCGAUCCUCGAGAUCUUCGAUAUGCUGCCAGUCACACGUUGGAUCUGUUUAACGAGGUAGCUACCAUAGCGAGACCGCCCCUGGAACCACCUGGUGUCAGACCACCGAUUCCGUCCACUGGCUACAUUGUCUCGAUUUUUAAGGUGUUCGAGGGCGACGACGGUCUCAAGUUUGAGCAGAACUGGCUCUACUGGACCGGUGCCCGUAUGAUGUACCGAUAUUUGCCGAAAUCGGUGGGUCUGAGACGAAUCACACUGCACAAGUCCAUGUCGCAAGGUGACAAGAUGUACCUCCUGAUCUGCGAAUGUUCACAACUGCAAGACAAUCUCUCCGCGGCGGCGAUAUUAUUGCCAGCGCUACGCGCCCGUUUAUGCGGCUACACUGGUCUCUACAGACCCUCGGUGUGCUUCUGAUUCCUCAGGAAACGCUGACCACGCGCCGACAAAGUCACAACAGUACAGCAGAACAGGAUUACUCUGUAAAGUUGUUCGUUUCCGAAGGGUGGAUUAAAUGAAAGGCUGGCCUGUGUCGAUUCGUUCACGUUGCAUUCGCGCUACGACUAGAGUUUGCGAUGUAACGUGGUUUGUAAUGAUUGUCGGCUCACUAAAUGCAAUAUUCUUUAGUCGAUAAGGGUUUCUUGAUCUCGAGUAUGACCAGAGGAUUGAUUUGAUCAGCGAAAGACAUAGAAACGUAAAGGUUUAUGGUUACACGGUAACCAUGCGUAUAACGAGGGAGAUUUUCAGGGCUCGUUUCGUUCAGUCGUAAUAGCAGCCUUUGCGAUAUUGGUAGUCCGCUUUCUGUACGAUACACUUUGAUCGUUUCAUGAAUUUUCCCGGUUUUAUAAAGUCACUUAUUUUCUUAUAUCGCACCAUCUACCAUCGUGGUGUAACGAGUUCCGCGUGACUGUAACGCGCUACUCGCCACUUUACUGGAGCCAUACUGCCGACGUUAUUACGAAUCUCGCAAUUUUACGAAACGAGCCCUUCCUUUACCAGAGUUCAAUGGCCAGCCAACUGGAAGAGAAUCGGAGAUCUAUUUGUCUCGUGAUCUCUGGUCGCAACGAAAUGGUAAAAAAUAUCGUUAGAGGGAGGCACGUUCGUAUACGCUUUAGAGAAAUCUCGAUGAUAAAUCUGUACGCUUCGGGCUGCACACCCGUCUAGCUACGCCUCUGGCCAGUUUGUAUUUUUCGACUUUACAUAUUUCAUCCACCGUUUUAUGCGAGCGUUCGCAACGCUCGAUAACGAGCGCAACUUGCAUGUACAUAACAUAGAGAUUUGCGAGAUACUUUUAUUACUAUAUCGACGACUAUCGAUUAAAUCGCUAACAUAUCAUAUACAUGUAUACUCGAAAAACUGUGAUAUUCGAACGAUUACCGCAUAUAUCACAACGAACGCAAUGAGGUGUCGCGGAUCCUUCUUGAUAAAAAAGAUACUCUUUGAAAAUGCUACACACUCUUUUUCGAGGUCAGUUAGAGAAGAAGAAUCAAAUCUUGACGUGGUAGAAGCUCUUCUGGUCGAGGGCAUUUUGUAAACAUAAUCUCCAUAUAUCUUUUACUAAUUGCAUUCACACCUUUGAUAUUACAUAUCCUUGCCUGGAUUAUCGAUACUCGCGGGUUUUGAUUGCAGCUGACAGGAUUCACGAAUGAAUUAUGACUUCGAAGCUGAAACACCGAAAUCGAUCGAUAAGAUCGUCGUUUAACUUUUGAAUUUGUAUUUUAUUCGUCUUAUUAACGAUGAAAGGGUAGAGAUCUCCCGCGUCCUUUUUUCGUUGGGAGAAAUAAGUAGAUCGAUCGAAAGACACGGAAAAAGCUUAUAUCAGAUCUUUCUUAGGUGCCCGUAGAAAUUUUAGGAUGAGGACGAGUAGCGUGAUUCGGCAUUGUAGUACAAAAGAUGAGAAAACAAAAGAUAAAAACGUAUAGUCAAUAUACGCUUGUUGCAUACAGACAAUAGCUAGGACGAUUGCGCAGGCGCGAUCUAUUAACGUAGAUUUUUAAGGAUUCGACGGCGUAUGACUUAUUAAAAUACGUCUCUUCGUACUCGCUGAAACAAAAAUGUGGAACAAGAUGCCCUUUAAAUAUAAGACGAACGAACAAACGAGAAAUAAAAAAACUCGCGAUUUUACUGUGAUCUCCACGUGUAUCGCGACUGAAACGAUACACUCGUAAAAAUACAUGUACGAUUGAACGCGGCUUAAAGACCGCGUGUGACUGCGUGUCUCGAUUAUGUGAGGUGUGAUUGGUUUUGUCUCAUUAAAGAGAAACGCCGUUAAAUAAAGAUUCUUUGUCUGCACAA